GAAGAAAAGUCUGUAACUGAAAAGACGAAGCCUUUCCCUUCCAUUUUAUCUGUAACUCACUUUCUCUGCUUCCUUUCUGCGCCUCUCUACUCACUAAUUGUGAAAAAAUGGAGGUUGAUUCAGACCAACAACGAGCAGCCCUCCGUCUUAAAACCAUAGCAGAGACUAAGUACACUGACUCUAACAUUAAAUCUGCACUCAAACACAUUAAGAAAGCUCACCGUCUCUGUCCAAACCUUGACGGUGUCUCUUCAAUGCUCACGGCCUUCAAGAUUCUCCAGGUGGCCUCGAAGACCCAAUCUGAUAUCUCUGACUGGUAUAAGAUUCUUCAGGUAGAGCCCUUCUCUCAUAUAAAUACAAUCAAAAAAGAAUACAAGAGGCUGGCUUUGAAUUUGCAUCCUGAUAAAAAUUCAUAUUUAGGAUGUGAGGAGGCUUUUAAACUUGUGGGUGAGGGUUUUAGGGUUUUGUCUGAUAAAAUUAAGAGGAAAGAAUAUGAUAUGAGGUUGAGGAUCAAGCUUCAGGAAGAGAGGGUCAAUGAUUAUUCUGUAGUGGAGACAUUUUGGACUGCCUGUUCAAGAUGUAGGCUUUUGCAUCAGUUUGAGAGAAGGUAUUUAGGGCACAAUUUAGUUUGUCCUAGUUGUAAGCAGAGUUUUGAGGCUGUAGAAGUGGAAGAAAGGGAUAAGGAGGAACAUGGAAUUGCGGAUAGGGUUAGAGUUAGGAGUGAGAGGUUGAGGAGAAAAGUGGUUGUUGGUGAAGAAGGGAUUGAGGAGUUGGGGGGGAAUUUAGGGAGCAGUAAGAAGAUGGCCAGUGUGGGUUCAAGAAGGAAAGUGGGUGGUGGUCAAAUUGGCAGUCAGAGAGCGAGGAGUGAGAACUGCGAGGUGAAAGAGGAUGGUUCUGGGGAAUGGGGUGGUGGCAGGUUGAGGAAUGGAGGAUUGAGGAGGAAAAUGAGUACUGUUGAUGAAGUCUUGGAGAGAUCAAAGCCAAAGAGGGUGAAAUUUGGGGAGGAAAUGAUGACACUAGCACAGAUGCGAUUGGAAGCAAAGCAAAGAGUUAUCCAAGAGAGGGCAAAGAUGAAGGAAAAGCAGAAGGAUGUGAGAAAGAAGACAAAAGAAAAAGAGGAGAAGGAAAAACUUGAGGCCUUGACAAAGCUUGUGGAUAGAAAGGUUAAGAAAGAUGGAGUUUCAAAGAAGACUGGAGUGGUGGAACUUGAAGCACAAGACAAUUUGGACGAGAAUAGGAAUUUAGAUACUGAGGGGCGUGGUGCAUCAAGGAAGAGUGCAAGUAUGAGAGCGCACCAGAAGGGUCUUAGAAGGAGGGAUUCAGAGAUAAUGACCAUAGAGGAUUCUGAAUUUUAUGACUUCAAUAGAGAUAGAGGGGAGAGGAGUUUUAGGAAAGGGCAAGUGUGGGCUAUAUAUGAUGAUGAUGAUGGAUUGCCGAGGUGCUAUGGUUUGAUAGAGGAAGUUAUUUCUUUAAAUCCUUUUCAGGUGAAGUUGAGUUGGUUGGAUCUUCAAAGUGAUGGGGAUGAAGGAUUGAUUGGUUGGAAGAAAAAGGGAUUUCAUGUACCAUGUGGGAGAUUCAAGGUUUCUAGAAAGACAACCAUUAAGUCCCUGAAUGUUUUUUCACAUGUUGUUGAUUGUGAAAGGGCGGCAAGAGAAGUUUAUCGGAUUUAUCCUGUAAAGGGUUCAGUAUGGGCACUUCAUAAUGAAGUGAAUUUUGGUGCAGAAGAAAGAAAUACAUCAGCUAGGGAUAAAGAAUGCUUUGAAAUUGUUGUGAUUUUGACCAGUUACAGUGAGAUGUAUGGGUUGAGCAUCGCCUGCCUUGAGAGAGUUGAGGGAUAUAAUACUGUAUAUAAGAGGCGUGAAGUUGGAGUUCAUGCUAUUAGAAGGCUUGAAAAAGAUGAUGUGCGGUUGCUUUCACAUCAGAUCCCUGCAAGGAAGCUUUCUGAUGAUGAGGUCCCUGCUCGUUUAAAAGACUUCUGGGAACUUGAUCCUGCUCUGCUUCCUUUAGAUGAUCUCUAGUUGGAAAGUGAUGUUCUCUUUUUAUAGCUCUUUCAGUUAGGGGUCCAAGGUUGAAAACAUUUUCAUUGAAAAUCAAACAUCCAGUAAGAAAUGUGGUUGACUUCUGAACCUGUAUUGAAGAAAGGACUUGUUCUGGAAUUCCAUUAUAUAGUUCUUUCUUCCAUAAUUUUAAUGUUUCUUUACCCCUUGUUUGUAUAAAUGAAUCAUAUUAAAGAAUUAUGGAAUUCAUUUGCAAAUCCAUACAUUUCAUCUUUUGGUAUAAAUGAAAAUUCAUUUGGAAUUCCGUUUCAUUAAUUUCAUGGAACUUGUUGUACUUGAACCAAAUUCUGCUAAUUUAGUAUAAUUUGCAAAUGAAUUCUAUAUCCAACCAAAAUUAGUUGCAAGUAUCGAUAUUUGAUUGUUAGGAUACAAACAUGAGAAUGCAUUUAUAGAUGAAAUUCGCUUACAAACGAAAUGAAUUCCUCAUUUGAUCUGAACACCAUGUUGGAGCACCUUUUGAGGAAAGUGACUUUGCUGGACGAGAGUAAAAUUCUUCUUUGGAUUUUUGUUGUUCCUUUUCCUAAUUUGUGAAGACUGCAAUUGCCAUUGUAGAUAGCAUGCGGCGACUGGUUUGCAGUGGCUAUUGGGCUACCAUCUAGCCUUCCACAAAUAGUUCAACCGUUUUCUGAACAUCCAACCCAACUGUUGUACACAGGGCAGGGACAUGUAAAUUGUUUCAUAAAUUGUGUAAAGGAUGGACUUCAGCAAGCCGCUACACUCAUUCAGGCAGCAGUGAAUAUGGCACUGUUGCUUUUUAUGAGUAAGGAAUGCCUGUUUCAGAUCAGAAAUCAUAUGUUCCCAGAUGGUCAAGGCUGCAGGUGCGUUGGCAGGUUAUGUGCAGCACCAUCCGGCUCCUUUGUCUGUUCAAUGGUGGCUUUGAUUGGAAAGUUCUUAGCAGAUAUUGGCAGAUUCAACUUUUGGAUGCUACUAUGGAUAUAUGGAAGGAGUUUACUUUGUCUGUUCAAUGAUCUCUUUGAUUGAAAGUUCUUAGCAGAUAUUUGCAGAUUCAACUUUUGAUGCUAUUACUAUUAUGGACAUAUGGAAGGAGUUGGCUGGCCGGAGUUCCUGAGGCAUGUGGACUCUGCUGAUGGGCUCAAUGGUGUUUGGAGAAGUUACUUCUGAUAUUGAGAAAAUUAUUUAAUCUGUUUCUACAGUUCAAAUUGAGUAAGCUAAUUUUGAUAAAUUUAAUUUUCGUUACAGGAAUUUUUGUUGAUCCUCAAAUAUUAAUUUAUCUGGAGAAUGUUUGAACAGUAGCACACCUUUUUUUCGUCUCUCUGUUGUAUUUUUCUUGAACAAUGUGUAGAAUAAAAUUGUCUCCUUGAACAGGAUAUAAUAUCAAAAGUUGCAGGCAACUGCAUCUCAUUCCCUGCUUUUUGAUACACAA